AUGUCGCAGGUCGCCACCGCGACUGUUCAGGAGGAGACCGUCAUGGUCCGCUCGCCGUUGUAUACUACCAUCGACGGGCACGACGAGGGCAGUAGCGCCCGUUCGACUGCACCGACUACGCCCGAGCACCAGAGCAGCAGCGCCGCCGUUGAGGGCGUUGGCCGGGGCCAACGCUCGUCCGAGGAGUCACAUGCGAAGCAGAAGGCGGGCAACCUCAAGAUCAACACCGACGCCGGCCUGGAGGAGGAUGCCUCCGACAACGCCAUCUGCGUCUGUACACCGGCCCAGAAGGUUCCCAGGCCGCCCAACUCUUUCAUGCUUUACCGUGCCCAGAUGCAAGCCCAGAUUUCCGCAGAGAAUAGAGGGCUCUCCAACCCCCAGAUCUCCCGGAUCCUUGGCGACCGCUGGGCGAACGAGCCAGAGGAGGAAAAGGCAAAGUGGAGAUCUCUGGCUCACGAAGAAAACAGACGACACCGGCUGCAGUAUCCUGGAUACAAGUACCAGCCGCGACGCCGGGGCAGCAAGGCAGUAAACAGUGCCGGGGAAGACGAGAGCGGACGAUGCCCGAAGUGCAACGGCCGGUUCUUGAGCCGGACGCCGCAAACGCCGGCCUUGCCAGGUACGCCGGGCAGGGACAAGGCUGACCUCCAGUCUUCCCAUGCCACUCAGCAGCCCAGCCCCGGCUCGGACGAUUCCCAGCACCCCAGAUCUGGCGGCUCGUUGUCGGGGGGCUCUGCUCCCAUGUCCCUGAAGCGCCUCGGAGACCAUCAUUUGGGGUCGCCCGAGACAAAGCGACCUCGUCUGGGGGUCUCAACAGCCUCCCGGAUCAUGCCAUCUCCCGAGGGAAGCGCAUACGGCCCGAUGCCGCAUGGGCAUUGUGCCCAUUCGGCCGCGGGGGAACCCUAUAACCCCAACCGGCAUCAUGUCAACAGCCCCUAUCCGCACUAUGGAGGAGCGUACGGGAGACAUCACCCUGGACCGAUGCCACCCCCUCCCCGCCCUCCGAUGGGUAGCACUUGGGCCGCGAUGCCGCAUUACCAUGGGGGACGGGAUAGCAUUGCCGACGAGUCUUUGCGGUUGCCUCCGCUGCAGACCGCCAUCCCGCCCUCGAUCUCUCCGGCACGAGACUAUGACAUGAGAUAUGGCCCCACGCCGGUAACGGCUGGCGGGUAUCUGCCCAGUGCGAGAGAUUCGCCGGGCAAGAACACUGUAGAACGUAUAUUGUCCAUCCCAUAUGACAAGAAGUUGGCGGUGCUUGGGAAGAUCUGCCCAAGACUCCCGCGCCACGAGGGCGGGACCCCAGGUCCCGACUCGCGUGGGCCGAUCAUUGUUGUUGAGGGCCUGGAAGAUGACCUUCUGAGUUAUGUCGGGAAGAUUGUCGAGGAGGCGCUCCUGGUGUCCCCGGAGGAAAUCGCCCUGAAAGCGUGGGUGAAUGAAGUGCCGAGCGACGUCCCGCCCAUCCCGAGAGAAGGCGAGAGAGGUGAAGACAUGAAGCCGCCAGUCGAGCUUCAGGAUCUCCUGCCCUCCAUCUUUGGGGCAAUUCUCAAGUGGCAUGAGAACUCCAAGGAGAUGGUCAAACAUGUCCAGAGCAGUAGCCAUCCAGACCAAAAGGUGGAAGAGGUGGAGGAGGAGAAGAGCGACAAGAAGGACCGGGAGAGUGGUGACGGAAGCUCGGGGCCACCGGCACCGUUGAAAACAUCAUCGCCCACUCCCGUGGCCCUUGUGAGAGGAGGGUUCAGUCUCACCACGUCUGAGAGGUUCGCCUGCUCGACAAGCCAGUCGCUAUCCAAUUACAAUGCUCGCGAUCACUGGCAAUGGAUGGCGACACUCUGGCGUGGCAUCCCAGGGCCGGACUUGAUCAUCUACAUCAAGUCCAGCUCGGAGAGCGAUGCAGGGGAUUCGAGAAACAUCGACUACCUCAAGCAGCUGGGUGUGAUAGUCGUGACGAUCUCAAAGGACAGGCGCCUCGGCGAGGGGGAUGAGCGGCGGUUGGCCUUUGAGGUGAUUGAGUGGAUGAGAUCGGGAUGGAUUCGGGACAGCAAACCUCGAAUCAGAUGA